AGAUUGUAAUACAUAAAUAAAUAAAAAAAAAAACAAAGAAUUUAUCCGCCAAAUUGGCGCCCACAAAAAUAUACAACAAGUCGGCAAUAUCGCAUGCAUUUGCAUUGCUUUUUGUCCAACGAAGCGGCGGCAACCGAAAACACAACAACAACAGCAGAAGAAGCAGCAACAGCAGCAACAACAUCAGUAGGAACAGCAACAGAAGCAACAUCAUUUGGCCAUAGGGGCAUAUCGAGAUCCACAUCCAUUGCCGUUUCCAUUGCGGGAUCAGCAGCCGCUGUGGCGCCUGUCAGCAUUGCCGGCCGCCUGGCGCGCAGCAUACACAGCAGCAGCGUCGGCAACAGCCAUCACCUUCAUCAUCACCACCAUCAUCAUCAUCACUCACACAGUAUGGUCACAUCGUCGACCUCGCCAACGGGCACAGCCGGAUGGACGACAACGGGCGAUUAUAAAGUUGCCACAGUCGGCAGUGGCGGAUCGAGUUCCGCUGCCACAGCAGUGGCCAUGUGCGAUGUCCUCCCCGUGUCCAGUAAUGCCAGUGUUGGCAGUAGCUCACCAACAGGUGGUGCUAGCAAUGGUACAGCAAAUAGUGGACACAGUGGCGGCGGAGGCGGUGGCAACGGCGGCAAUUCCAAUUCAAAUUCAAAUAAUAAUAGCAACAACAAUAACAAUAAUAACAAUAAUGCAGUGCAUCAGGAUCUCUUGUGGAUGGAGAGAUAUGUGGCCGAACGACAACUGGAAUAUCCAGGAGAAUUGGUGCGCACGAGCAAUCCGUAUUUCCUGUGCUCCGCCCUGCCAUCCCAUUGGCGUUCGAAUAAGACGCUGCCGCUGGCCUUUAAAGUGGUCGCCCUGGCCGAUGUGGGCGAUGGCACCUAUGUGACCAUACGAGCUGGAAACGAUGAGAACUGUUGCGCCGAAUUGCGCAAUUGUACGGCCCAAAUGAAGAACUGUGUGGCCAAGUUCAAUGAUCUUCGUUUUGUGGGACGAAGCGGACGAGGGAAAAGCUUUACGCUAACAAUUACUGUGGCCACAAGUCCUCCACAGGUGGCUACCUAUGCCAAAGCCAUCAAAGUCACCGUUGAUGGACCCCGAGAGCCACGCUCCAAGACAAGUCCCACUGGCGGUCCACAUUAUCGCAUCGGCCUGACCCCAUUGGGCUUUCCAAAAACCCUACACGAACUGGAAUCACUCCGACGCUCGGCCAAAGUGGCAGCGGCCACAACAGCUGUGGCAUCUGUGGCGGCAGCUUCUGUAGUGACCGCUGCCGCCGUCUCGACCACAAGCGGGAGCACGAGCACCACCAGCCUUGUGCAGCAAUUAAGUAGCAAUUACUCAUCGUCGAAUAGUACAAUAAAUUCCGAUUGCCCCGGCUAUAAGCCAAAUGCACCGCAUAUUCAAGAAACCGAAAGCGGCGAAUGGACGGGAUCGGCAAGCUCCUCCAAUGUGGCCUAUACGGUAGGCGUAGGCGUGCCCUAUACUCAUCAUCAUGCCACACAUCAUACGCAUCCGCAUUCGCAUUCGCAUGCAGCGGCCGCCCAUCACCUGCAACACCAUCAUCAGAUGACCCUGCCACCGCCUCCACAACCGCCGGCAGCGACGCCCGUGGCCAUGGGCGGUCAGGCCAGCGGCAUGGGCAUGGGCAUGGGCAUGGGCAUGGGCAUGGGCAUGAGCAUGGGCAUGACCAUGAAUCAUUACGGCAGCACCAUGGGUGGCUACGAUGCCAGCUAUGAUACGAGCCAUUUGCCGACCGUGCUGCAGGAUAUGCACGGUCAUGGCAUUGCCACCGAUCCUUACCAGAUGGCCGGCGGCUAUGGCAGCGCAUCUGGAAACCCGGGCAAAACCACCACCGAACUGGAGACCCUCAAUGUGACCGGCUAUGGGAGUGGAGCCGGCAGCGGUUACAACAAUGCCUGGUCGAAUGGCUAUAACAAUUAUCCCCAAUAUGGCAGCUGCUCGGCGGUGGCAACUGGCCAGUAUGGUGGGGCAACAGCGGCAGCACCACCCCCGCCGCCGCCACCCGUCGUCCUCUAUCCCCAGCUGUACUCGACAGUCAAUCAGAAUCAAAUUCAUUUGCAUCUGCACAGCAGCGAGAAGCUGGAACAGUAUUUGGGCACAACGGCCGAUCAGCAGUUGACCAUUAGCUCGCUAACCGGCAAUCGAUCCAGCAUCGAGAUCGGCCUCGGCGGCGGCGGCGGCACGGUGGGAGGUGGAGUGGGUGGAGCCGGUGCCCUGACAGUGUCCAGCCAAGACCAAGACCAACAGGUGGCAGUGUCCAAUGAGGCGGUGGCCAAUCAAAGCUAUCAUCUGGCAUCACAGGAGGUGCAACAGCAACAGCAACAGGAGGUGGGCGGAGAGGUAUCCACGCGGCAGGAGGACGAUCUAACUCAGGUGUGGCGACCCUAUUGACAUAAUCUCAUGACGGUGCCGACGCCUCUUGCUCCGCCAGGAAGGCGAGCCUAUCUCCACAUAGAACUGAACUGAACAGUAAAUUAUUUCCCAAGUUUUCUUCGCCUCCUCCUCCUCCAUCUUUCUUA